UGAAAUUAGCAAAAGCAUAAAUGAUGUCGUUAUCGAAAGUGAACAUGUGUUGGCUGUCUGAGCUGUGGCUUUUGUAAAAAGAGUUUGUAAAAAAAAUUAAUAGUAAUUGUGCCUUGAUGUAAAGUGACCAUAUACAAUUAAUCGUUCAUGCGAGCGAAAAUGUUGGCAAGUCAUGCUGGAAUCACUAAUAGUUUUGACAGUAGUAAAUUGCAUUUUCAUGCUCGGUUCCACAGUGACGACCUGUGCAUUGUGGUGGCAAUAUCAUGGCCAUCAUUGUUGUCCUGACAAUAAGAAAACUGCUGCUCAACAAAAAUUUGAUUCAAAGAGAUCGAAGAACUAUACUUUAGAAACCGCCAAAAAGCUAAAAGGAAAAUCAGAUUUCGAUGGUUAUGUUAAUGUUGUUAGCAAGUCCGGCACAAAUGGUAGUCACGAGCACAAAAGUAAAAGAAGUCAGAAGAAACGAUCUAAGAAAGGUUUGGAGUAUCAAAGCAGAAGCGAUCAGAAAAUAACAUUCCCCGAAGGAUUAGAAGUAAGAAAGUUCGAUGAAAAAGACAAAUUUUUGUCGGCGGCUUCUCAAACGAUAAAUGAUACCAAGUCGACGAUCGUAAUGGAAUUUUCAACAGUCCAAAAACUCGUGCAGAUCGUCGAUAACGACCCCGAUAUUAAUUCAGCGCGAGCUCCUUUCAAGGAAAUUGUCAUCCAAAAAGAUACGGCAGACAAGAAGCAUGAUAAUAAUAUCGAGCAAAAUUUUGAGGCUAAUGUAACUGCUACUGACUCUUGAUACAAAUUGCCAUGACAAAUUGACAGAUUAAUAAGUUACCAAUAUAAAUCUUACUAUAUGGGUGUCAUACAUUCUAAGAUUAAAGAUCGAAAAAAUAAAUUUUAUAAACAUAAAUCAA